AUGCUGCCUGUCAAGGGCGAAAAGGGAGAAGACGUCACGGAGAAGCUCGAGGAGCAGGCCCCCGACGCGCUGCACGAUGAAGACGAAGUGACAGACGAGGACCGAAGGACGCUGCGGCGUGUGCCGGCAGCGAUUCCCUGGGCCUCGUUCCUCAUCGCCGUGUGUGAGCUAUCGGAGCGCUUCUCCUACUACGGCACCGUCCAGGUCUUUCAGAACUUCAUCGAGAACCCGCUGCCGAUUGGCUCGACCACGGGCGCCGAUCCCUCGUCGGAGGGCACACCGGGCGCCCUCGGCCGUGGACAGACAGCCGCAACAGGCCUGACGACGUUCAACCAGUUCUGGGUCUACUGCAUGCCCCUCCUCGGUGGCUACCUCGCCGACGCCUACCUGGGCCGGUUCAGGACCAUCAAGCUAGCCGUGUACAUUGCCAUUGUGGGCCACAUCAUCCUCGUCAUCUGCGCCAUCCCGCCCGUGAUCAAGAAUCCCAAUGGGUCAAUGGCCGCGUUUGCCGUCGCCAUCAUCGUCAUGGGCCUGGGCACGGGCAUGUUCAAGUCCACGGUGAGCCCGCUGAUGGCCGAGCAGGUCGGCAGCCAGAAGCAGCGCAUCGCCACGACCAAUAAGGGCGAGCGGGUGAUCGUCGACCCGACCAUCACGUCAGCCCGGCUCUUCAACUUCUUCUACCUCAUGAUCAACAUCGGUGCCAUUGGCGGUCAGGUUAGCAUGACGUUUGCCGAAAAGUACGAGGGCUUCUACCUCGCCUUUACCCUGCCCACCGUCGUCUUUCUCAUCUGCAUCCCCAUCCUCCACUUUGGCCGGCAUCUGUACAAGAAGACGCCGCCGUCGGGCUCGGUGCUGGGCACGUCCAUGCGCGUCUGGCGCUAUGCACUCACCCACCGGUCGCCGCAGCACAGCUUCUGGGACAGCGCCAAGCCGAGCAACAUCGAGCCCGAUCUGCGGCCCCGCUGGAUGACCUUUGACGACGCCUGGGUCGACGAGAUCCGCCGCGGCUUCAAGGCCUGCUACAUCUUUGCCCUCUUUCCCUUCUACUGGAUCUGUUACAACCAGAUCUCGAGCAACCUCAUCUCGCAGGCAAAGUCGCUCACGCGCAACGGCGUGCCCAACGAGAUCGUGUCGAACCUGGACCCGCUGUCGAUCAUCAUCUUUGUCCCCGUGUUUGAGUUUCUCGUCUACCCGGGUCUGCGUCGCCUGGGCAUCAACUUCACCGCUCUCAAGCGCAUCUUUGCCGGUUUCAUGUGCGCCUCGGCGGCUAUGGUCUGGAGCGCCGUCGUACAGCACUACAUCUACCGCCAGUCGCCAUGCCUCGACCGGGCGUCCGAGUGCGACGACCCGGCGCCGCUGUCGGUGUGGGUGCAGACGGGGCCCUAUGUCCUCAUUGGCAUCUCGGAGAUCUUUGCCUCGGUCACGGGCCUCGAGUACGCCUUCACCAAGGCACCCAAGAACAUGCGCUCGCUCGUCAUGGGCGCCUUUCUCUUCACCUCGGCCCUCGGCUCGGCGCUACAGCAGGCCUUUUUGCCCCUCGUCCAGGACCCGCGGCUGGUGUGGAUGUACACGACGUUUGCCGUCAUUGCGUUUAUCGCCGGCGUCGUCUUCCGCGUGGCCACCUAUUCCAUCGACCAGGAGGAGGACCGGCUGAACAACCUCGACGAGGGCCAGUUCCACGUCACCAAGCAGUAG